AUGGCAGGCAUGAAGGUGACAAGCAUCCUAUCCCUGGUGGCGGUGGUUCUGCUGGCGGCGACGGCGCUGCAGUCUCGCGAAGCGGAAGCCCAGACAGCGGCCGACACGUGCGCCACGCAACUGGGGAACAUCAACGUCUGCGCUCCCUUCGUGAUGCCCGGCAUGGCCGCCUCCAACCCCAGCGCCGACUGCUGCGCCGCCCUCCAAUCCGUCGACCGCGACUGCAUUUGCAACACGCUCCGCGUCUCCGCCCGCCUUCCCUCCCAGUGCAACAUCCCUCCUCUCUCUUGCCCCGGUCAGUAA